UAGAAAUUGCACGUGAAUGAAAAUCACACAAGAGCAACGCAGACAAAGCUUGUCCCUUCAACCUUUCAACCUUCAACUGUCAAACAACAACAACAUAGACGACCUUCUCUCUCUCUCCAAACUGAUCAUACAAACAAAAAGAGAGAAAUUAAUGUUUGUGAUUAUGUUGAGUUAAAGAUCUCAUCUUCAAUUCCACCGAAAAUCACAUAUAUCUAUGAGCGGCGAAGGAGAAGGAUGGGGAGGAUGGCCGGCGCCGCCGCCGAUGUAUCUAACAAAAGACGAGCAGUGGAGCCACUUUGACGACUCCGUGAAUGCAGUCUCUUUCGGCUUCGUGGCCACCGCCAUUCUCAUCUCCAUGUUUCUCCUCAUGGCCAUUUUCGAAAAGUUCCUCAGAACCACCUCGCCGGAGCUCUCUCCUCCCGCCUCCCGCCGCCCCGAUCAUCUUAUUGCUGCCGAUGCCAAACCACCCUACCACCCUUCUCCUAAAGCAAUGGAGGUUUAUGUGGUGAUGCCGGGUGAGGAUGUGCCGACCUUCAUUGCCCAUCCAGCCCUCGACUGCGUGGCCCAUGAUGCAACCAACAUUCUAGUUUCAUCAACAUCUUGAAUUCAAGGCUACUUUUUGUGCCUUACUUUCACUGUUAGUGUGUGUGUGUUUCUUUUGUAAUGGUAUGCUUUUGCAGGAAUUAAUUUGGCAAAAUAAGUAGGAGACUUUAGAGCAUGUCGAUAGAUGAGAUGAGGUCAUCAUCCAAUUUAACAUGUAUAAACAUCCAACCACUGAAAAUGGGCUAAUUUUUAAGCAC